GACGGCAAAGAUCUGAGCCGUUAUGCCGAGGAACAAUGGCCCAAUCUUGUGGCCUAUAGCCGAUUCUGUGACGACUGCGUCACUUCUGAGGAGAAGUGUGGGAAUUGGCCAACUUGA